GGGACCGAGGAACGCCACGCCGUGUGCGCCGCCGAUGGCGGCCCGGCUGGCGCUGAGAACUGCGGGGGAGGUUCCGGGCGGAGCGGGAGCUUCCGGGAGCAGCGGGGCGAAGCGGGUCGAGCCGGGCCGGAACGAGCCGGGUCAGGUUGAGGAGGAGAAUGAAGAAGGAGCAGGUGGUGCACUGCCAGUUCUCCGUGUGGUACCCGCUCUUCAGGGCCGUCACCAUCCGCAGUGUUAUACUUCCACUGCCAGAGAAUGUGAAAGAAUAUUUGCUGGAUGAUGGAACACUUGUGGUUUCUGGAAGAGAAGAUCCGCCAAGUCAUGCUCAGGAGGGGAGUGAUGAUGCAGAGGAAAUACAGUGGUCAGAUGAUGAGAAUACUACAACGCUUAAGGCACCAGAAUUUCCUGAGUUUACAGCUAAAGUUCAAGAAGCAAUAAGUUCCUUGGGUGGUAGUGUUUUUCCUAAACUUAACUGGAGUGCUCCAAGGGAUGCCUACUGGAUAGCGAUGAACAGCUCUCUGAAAUGUAAAGCUCUCAGUGACAUCUUUCUCCUUUUCAAGAGUUCAGACUUCAUUACUCGUGACCUCACUCAGCCAUUUAUUCACUGUACUGAUGAUUCCCCUGAUCCUUCCUUGGACUACGAGCUUGUUCUUCGCAAAUGGUGUGAAUUAAUACCUGGUGCAGAAUUCAGAUGCUUUGUCAAGGAAAACAAGCUAAUAGUUGUUUUUGAUGUGUACAGAGACAGCAGGGGUAAGAUUUGGUUAAUAGAUUUUAACCCAUUUGGUGAAGUAACAGACUCACUGCUAUUUACUUGGGAAGAACUGACCUCUGGGAAAAACUUGAAAGGAGACCAGGGUGAAGGGGAAGCAACGGAACAGGACUAUCCAGUUUUCCGUUGUACGAACAGUAAAGUUACUGUCCAGCCUAGUCCAUACCUGAGUUACCGACUGCCGAAAGAUUUUGUAGACCUUUCUACAGGAGAGGAUGUUCACAAAUUAAUUGACUUUCUUAAACUGAAAAGAAAUCAGCAAGAUGAUGACUGAGGUAUCAAGAAGCAUUACAUUGAAUUACAAGCAAGAAAUGUGGCAAAAGCUAUAUUUAGCAUAACUAUUAAGCUAUCGGUUUAAAGAAAACCUGCUUUUUCUAGUCAGUGAAAGGACUGAAGAGCUGUUUAUCCUGUGUGUCUGUUGGUUUAUAUAAAAGUUUAGAAGAGCUUUUUCAGGGAAACAUGAAAGGUCAGGGUGAGUUCUCACUGGAUUCCAGGGUAAAUGCAAAUAUACCACGGUGCAAGCAAGCAACAAUCUGAGUGCAACUGAACGACUGCUUUCCUGUCUCAUAAUGUGAAGACUGAUGCCAUUGAAGUAUGCCAUUGGGCUCUUCAGUGAUAAAUAUGACAACAUUUAAUGUUAAAACAUCAAGCAUCCUCUGAAUUUAGGCACAGGCUUGCUUAAGAUAUAGUCACAAGCAAAGAAAGGAAUGCACUUUUUUUUUCUGUAAUAACCCUUUAAAAUUGUAAAUUGACUUUGUUUUGGGAGCACUUCUCAUCCUUCCUUUAUGUAAAAAAAAAAAAGAAAGUGGAGAAGGGAUCUUGUUUUCUUUGUUACAAGGGCUAAUCCUUCAUUUCAGAGAACAGCUGUAGCUAUCGUAGACUACUUCAGGUUUGAAAAUUUUGCAUUUCAGGAAUUUGAAAUUCUGAAUGCAUUUCAAGUAAUAUUUUUCACAGUAGCUAAAGCUAUGAAAUUUGUUAAACUUCACCAAAUUUCAUUUCAUUGUCAUAGUAAAGCUUUCAUGAAACUUAUUUUUUAACAUGAUUACCUACUAGACAUCAUCUGUGGCUUUAAUAUAAAUAGUUAAACAUAACAUCAACCUGUAACUUUAUAUGUGGACUCAAUCUUGUUUCUUUAGUAUCACAUCUCUGAGUUUAAGAAAAUGAUUAUUCUUUCAGCUCUUAGAAUUCUGUAUUUAUUUGGUGGUACUUCAUGUUUUUUGUAUAAAAGGAAGCUUGGCUAAAUUUGGGGAAACAGAAGCUCUCGUUACCAAUUGCUAUUAUUUGGGAGGUGGGGAGAGGACUGUUUCAGAUGAAGAACCAACUGACCUUUGGUUGUAGGUGUUUGCAUGGCAUCAGUAAUCUGUUAACAAUGUACGCAAUUCCUGUUGAAACAAAAGGAGGUUUGGAGGUGCUCAUGGCCCCUGGAAAUUGGUUUCUGUUUCAAACCAGUUAUAUGAUACUUUGUGUGUGUAUAUAAAGCUGUUUAUGUUUCUUUGCCUUGCUUUUGCUGUCAAAUUGAUAUGGUGCUCGGUUACAAUUUGUUCUUUGAUGUUGAAUCUGAGCUUAGAUGUUAAAUUAUUACUUACUGUCUUUAUUUAGCUUCAGUUUUGAAUGAAUACUUUAGUUAAAGAUUACGCAGAUUAAGAAUCCAGUUCUACCAUAUACAUUGAUGAAACAUUGCAGAUUAAAGCUCCUGGAGUCUGAGAGUGCAAGAUCUGCCCUACCCUUGAAGUGGUGGAAUCUUCUUGAUAGCUUUUUGUGCACAAACUGGAUGAUUAUUAGCUCAGGGCUGGGCUAUACCUAAAUCCUGCCGUACUGCAGGACUUUGGAUGAGUUUUUCUCACCCUUAUCAGAGGGAUUAUUUGAGUAUAAAUGCCUCUAAAUCAGGUAGGAACUUCAAAACAUAAAAAAUGAACACAGCUUUCCUUUUUCUUUUAAAGUUUCUAGCCAUAACUUAAACUAUUGUGAUGAUCUAACUACAUUUUCUUUACACAGAUAACACCCUGGAAUUUUCAGCAGAUUCAUAAAUGCUUCUGAACUACAGAUUAUUGUCUUUAAAAAAUACUGAGUCUUGGUUUAAGGCUGCAAGACAGUUUCCUGCAUCUUUUUUUGUGGGCUCCACUAAUUAAUUUACCAUUAUCACAGCUUUCUGUGUUGGAUAUUCACCAAAAUAUAUAUGGUGUCGGGACCAGUUUGAUGGGACCCUGUGCACUCCAGAGUGUCCCUUUAGGUGAGUAGUCUGGAGCAGUAGCCUUUCAACAGUUCUUUGCUUCUUGACGUAAUUAUUUAAUCUGAAAAUGGCAUCACCAAGUGAACUGACCAUAAUCAGUGCAGAGUUCUUAGACAUGCUGUCAGCUUUCACGUGUUUGCAAGAACUGUGGUCCUCUGUGGGUGCUCUGCAUUUGUAGUUGAGCUCUUCUAGGACAAAUCGCAGUGGAAUUGGACACUGGCUGAGCACCUGGCUCCCUAAACAGUUUUGCUUGUUGCCAGCCUGUGCUGGUCCCCUAGUUAAAGAACCACCAUAUCAACAUGCUGUGCUGGUCCUGUCUCCUACCCUGUGCCCUCUGGCACAGCUUACCCCUUGGUCCCUCCUCAGUUUCAAGAACUGUUUAACAUAGUCAGAGUCUUCUCUUUAUAGUAUGCUAGUGAAUUCAAAGUUUGUUUUUCUCCCCUGUGAUUUGCUAAGAGAUGACCACUCUGAAUUAAUGGCCUGCUCAGCCAAGUUAUCAAACAUUGAUAACUAACUUUAUUUCAGAGUUGCAGGAACUUAGGCCACUUUAUCUGGGCUUAGUCUUAAUGAAGACCAUAAAAGGUAGCAGAGCAAAAAUACUUGUCCUGUGUUCAGGUCCUGAUACAGAAAGAGUCUCCACUAUAAAAAAUCUGUUCUGCAUAAUUGGAUUCCCCAAAAUAUCCUGUCUUUACAAUUUAAAUACAUAUGUUAUAUUUGCUUUGCAUCUUUCUCCAAAUUCAGGUAACCGGAUGUUGAAAUUUUUUUUGUCUGCUAGAUUAAAUAUUCCUCUUCUAAAAGAAUUUUCAUCCCAUACGACCUUUUGAUUUGUGAGGAUAAUUAACAAACAUACUUCUGUUGGGGAGGUGAGAAAGCUAAUGUUGCUACAUUAAAAAUGCUUCAGAUCAGUUUUAAACUUAACAGUAUAUGACACUUUUAAUUCUAUUUUCAGUCAUCAUAAAAUCAGCUUCUGCCUCUAGCCAUCAUACAGAAAUCUGCAAAUACAAAAUUCCACUUGUUCUGGUGCUUGCUCAUGUGAUUGAGUGGUAUGAUCACCAUUUGCUGAGUGAGGACUAAUGAUACACUGUAUUCUUAGUUAUAUGCUUAAAACAUUAUACAAAGAUAGUUGUAAUCUUGCCUAGACAGCAAACAUGAGAAGUUUGAGGGAGGUGGGAUGCAGUUGCUUCAUACAGAUCAUGUGCUUGCCAAACUCUUAAGAAGUCUGGCUAUGUCUGAUGGCUCAGGAUUUGGAAUAAUGCUCCUGUACUGCUGGGCUGCAGGCUGUCCACUCUGUCUGUACUCCUUUGACACUUCUUCUAUCAGUGUUGUCCUCAUCUUUCUUGACCCACCAAUCUAAUAUUUGAGUGAAUGUUAAGAUUAAAAUAAGUGGCAGCAUGGAUAAUGCUGAUCUGAAUUUUAGUACCUCUCUCUGUCCACUUUUCCCUCCCUCUUGGAAAGAGAUUUUUUUAGUGGUGCUCUAUAAUAUCUGAAAAAAACCCUAAAAGUAGGGGAAUAAUAGCCAGCUCUGAGUCUCAGUGAAGUGAAUACCACUUGUUGGUUUCUGGUCACAGUGUACAGCUUGUAAAAAUCCUCAUAACUGCAUCUGACAUCCUUAGCUAGAAAUUUCAUGUAUCUCACUCUUAUGCCCUCUCCUGUUGCUGAUGUCUAGGAUGCAGCACUGGCUCGAAAAAUGUACUUGCUGAGAUGUAGUUUAGCUGACUGUUUGAGCAACAGACUAUUAGACUGAACCAUCAAAGCUUCCAGCUUUCAGGAAAGUGUUGCCAGAGGGAAGGAUUCCAAAAUAGAUCUGUGGUAGCAUGGAGAUGGGUAGUAGUGUGGCACAAACCUGUGUAAAAACACUUCUGGUACCUUUGUGCAUGACUGAUGUUAGCUUUCACAAACUGUCCCAAAUCUGAAGUGGGGUCACAUAGCUGGAGAAGGCUACAGGGUAUCUGUCAGUGGGUAUAAACAGGCAAAUCAGCUUGGCAACUGGUAAAUAAUUUCAACCUUGGAGACCAAGAGUAUACAAUUCAGGUUGUGUUUGGAUAGCAAGUCAUAUCACUUCAGGAAAUAAUACUAAACUAAAAUACAUGUCUUUGGCUAAGAGAAGGUGGGCCUUAAAGUGUAACAGAAACAGAGACCAUAGCGCUUUUGAUUCAUGAUGGAUACUUGGUAAUGCUGAUAUGUAGAGGCUUAAUAAAUCUGUCUUAACAAAAGUUUGCCUGGAUGUUGAAUUAGCAGUGUCUUUAUUUCUCUUUGAAUCUGAUGACCUCUGUAAAGAGAAAGUCUCCAACUUGUGGUCAUCCAAUUAAAAUAAGACUUGUUACCAUAACUUUGGGGUACUUUGUGGAGACCUGAAGUUUUCUCAAAGCUACAGAGUCUGUAAGCAGUAGCAUGUGAUUAUACUUUUUUUUUUUAUAUAUAGUAAUAAAUACAUCAGAACUG